GAAGCAGAAUGCUCGAAUAUCAAGUAGAUACGUCUUUUAAAGAUUGAAGACGUGUAAGAGAGAAGGUUAGCGAUGAGUAUUAGAGGACGCGAGGUAACAAGGAGAAGAAAUUUCUUUGUUUGCUGGAUGGAGACUGUAUAGUAUGGGACCCAAACAUUCUGGCGGGGAAGGUUUUAUAUAGUUAUGCCCCUUGUGCCGUCAUGGUCUACCAUCAUUGCACCAAAUUGCACCAUUAGUGCCUCAGCUGGGGCGCUCCUUGCCAGGCACAAGAGUCACGGACAGAACCAGAGGGUCACACGCGGUGCUGUUUGUGGAUAUUGGAUACCCAAGUGGAGUUGGUGGUUAGUCUUGUCGUGGAAACCAAAAAAAAUUUUCCCCAGCGAAAAUUCUCUCACGGUCGACGUAUCAGGUAAGCCUCCGAGAGUAUGCGCGCGGUUCUUCGGCAGGCUGUAAGGCGGCAGCAAGAACAAUUCGCUGAUUCAGCAGCGCAGCAACCAAUCAAAAGUAAAUAUGCUGGAAUUCUG